CCGUGUUCACGCUGCUCUGGGUUUAUGGGUGAAGCCGGUUUAAUGAACAGCUGAUUUGAAUUCUUCACGGAAAAUCUUUCAAUGUUAUACGGUAUUGAAGUGCUUUUAGCAGCAUGACAGGAAGGAGAUAUGAAUGUUAAAGUCACGGAGUGAAUGAUGGCGUCAGGAUGGCGGCAGCCUCGAUCAGUUAGAGCUGCUUUACUCUUUAACACCAUCAUCAUCCUCAUCAUCUUCAUCAGCACCGGCGCACAGACGCACACCUGUGACCAUAAAGUGCCCCUGCCAACAGAGGUCAUACAUAAAGUGUUUUUGAAGCCAGAUCGAUUGACCAAAAGAAGCACUGACCAGCAGUUAAAGAUCCAAAUAGAGUACGACUCCAGCUUGGAUGGGUUAGAUGAAGCCAAAAGCAGCCUUGUGAAGGAUGAGCUCCUCCCACAGGCUAUUGAUUAUCUCCAGAAGGCCUUCAGGGUUCGUAGACAGUCAGGUCCAAUAUUACUGAGCAGACAAUGUGCAACCAAUCAGUACCUUAGGAAAAGAGAUGAUCCACAUCGCUACUGUCAGGGACCAUGUGCAGACAUCACCAAGUGUGGCCCAGUCGUUGUCCCAGAACAACAUUUGCAGCAAUGCAGGGUUUGCAGUGAGUCUGGCAAGUCCUGCGGCCCCGCUGGUCCUCCUGAUGGUGAGGGGGUGGUGAGGGCUGAUUUUGUGUUGUACGUGAGUGCGAUGACCACAGAGCGCUGUGGACAAGAAAACAUCGUAGCCUAUGCAGCGUACUGCCAGCUGGAGUCUGAGCUGGACAGGCCCAUCGCUGGAUAUGCCAAUCUGUGUCCCAAUAUGAUCUCUACUCAAGCUCAGGAGUUUGAAGGGAUGCUGUCCACAGUCAAACACGAGAUCAUACAUGCCCUGGGGUUUUCUGCAGGACUCUUUGCGUUUUACCAUGAUGAUGAUGGGAAACCUUUGACACCACGUUCUGCAAGCGGUCUACCUGCAUACAAUGAAAGUUUAGGGUUGUAUCAGUGGAGUGAUAAAGUCAUCAGAAGAGCGACUCGGCUGUGGGACAUCCGUGGAGGCCACAUGGUCAGACACACGGUCCAUCUUCUGGCCACCCCACGUGUAGUUGAGGAAGCCAGGAGACAUUUUAAUUGCCCCAUUCUAGAGGGCAUGGAACUGGAGAACCAGGGAGGUGCUGGCACCGAGUUCAACCACUGGGAAAAACGUCUGUUAGAGAAUGAGGCAAUGACUGGAUCUCAUACACAGAACAGAGUGUUUUCCAGAAUUACUUUGGCCAUAAUGGAGGAUACUGGGUGGUACAGAGCCAAUUAUAGUAUGGCAGAGAACUUGGAGUGGGGAAGAGGUUUGGGUUGCGACUUUGUGAUGAAAAGCUGUAAAUUUUGGAUAGACCAACAUCGCCAUACGAGGCCAACCCUGAGCCCGUACUGUGAUUCUGUGAGGAGCGCACCUCUGCAGCUCACCUGCAGGCAGGACCAGCUGGCAGUGGCCGUGUGCAACCUGCAGAAGUUUCCUCAUGCGCUUCCUGCAGAGUAUCAGUACUUUGACCUUAUCCCUGGUGUCCCUGAGGAAGAUUUGCCAGCAUACGGAGGGGCUGUAGAGAUAGCAGACUACUGUCCUUUUAGCCAGGAGUUUAGUUGGCAUGUAGGUGGGGAAUACCAGCGCAGCUCAUACUGCAGGAUACAGGAGAACCAGCCAGCCACAUGGAGAAACUAUGGGGUGGAACAGUAUGGCCCGGGGUCAGUGUGUCUGUACCAGAAGUCACCAUUUGUAAUGGAGCAGUGCACCAAAAGAAUGACCUACCCAGACUGGGGCAGUGGUUGCUAUAAGGUGUCUUGCACAGCCCAAGGGUUGUUGGUCUGGGUGCAGAAUGAGUCCUAUCCAUGUGUUCGUACUGGUCAGGUGAUCAACGUGAGCAUACGAAUGAAUGGAUGGGUCUACAGUGGACAGCUCAUCUGCCCAACCUGCUCUGACUUCUGCAGUGUCUGCCCCCUCCCUCAUGAGAUCCCCCCUCAAAACACCACCAAGAGUGCCCACUUAGAUCCUUGUUCCAGGUCUUCUUGUUUGGUGGUGAGCUUAUGGCAGCUCUUGUUAACACUUACUCCACUGCUGAUCGGCUUCCUCCUUUGUGGCCGGGACUGAAUUUGUUCAUGGUUUAUUGGGUGAAAAAGUAGUCUACACUUCCAUAGUGUGGUCUGUGAUCUGAUAACUGUUCUCUCUUUGUGGCGGUGUGGCAUGUAGGUGGGAUUGAAAAGCCAUUGAUUGCACUCCUCCUUGCCUGGCUGUCAGGUGCCAGCGAGCUGUUGAUCCAAUGUGAAGCCAUAGUCAUGCAAGUUACGUUUAUGUAGGUGCUAAUUAAUGUUCUCUUUGUCUCUCUGAUGGACCUGUAGCAUUUUGGGUCAUGAAAUAGGCAUCUGGUUGAGAAGGAUGAGAGAUAUUCUCUCUGGUCUUCUGCUCAUGGUGCUUGGCUGUUGUUUUGGUAAAAUUACUUGCUGGCAAUGUUUUGAUCAGUGUAUAUCAGGUCAUGUGACUGACGAUGCUCGUGAUUUUGCAUGGAGAAGUGCAGGUGAGAUCUCUGUAAAGGUCCGUGCAAGUGCUGAUUGAAUUUUUUUAUUUAAAUUUUUUUUUUAAUAGAAAUUUGAAAGUUGCUGUUGUACAAGAUAACUCAGAAUGGGUUUAAACGUGUGAUUUUAUUAAUACAGAGAUGAGUUCAGAAGCCUGAGAUUACAUUAAACAUCUGGGAUUUUUUUGUAUUAUUACAGGUAAUGGUAAAUAGAACAUUUUUGGAUUUUUAGAUAUUUCAAAAAACAAAACAAAAGAAAGAUGUAUAAUGUAAAUGAAGAUAAAAAUGUCUAGGUCCCUAAAAGUUGGCAUUGAUCAUGGGUCUCUUUAUACUGACAGUCAGAUGUUCUUGCUUCCAUUGAAGCACAAGAUGCUCUUUGUAUCAUUCUCAAGUCAUGCUGGAGAACAUACGUUUACACACUCUCAAGUUCAAGAGCAGCUCCAGUCAGUUAUAUUUUACUAUCAUUAAAAUACCAUUGCAGUUUUAAUUUAUAUUUUGAAUUAGUUUUUAUUUUUUAUGUUUUGUUUUAGUCUUCUUGCUGUGAUCUGUGAUUUUUAUUUUAUUUUUUUAUUUCAGUAUUAGUUUUUAUUUUUAUUAUUAUACUAAGUUUAACUAAAUAAAAAAUGAAGAAUGUUAACUUGGCGACUAAAUAAAAUAAGUAUUUUUCUAUUAAUUUGAUUUCAAGUAACAACCUUUUUAGUUAACUAUAAUAACCCUGGCUCGACAACGGAUGACAAACCAAAUACUCAGAAAUUAAAACAUUUAUUUUAAUUUUUUAUUGAAAUGUUCACUCAGAUUGUGUUGAUAUUAUAUAAAUUCUAAGAGAUUUUGUAUUAAAUAAAAUUUUAAUUAGUGGUCUCAAAUGUGUGGACCUUGUUGUACAUGUGAGAUUUAGUUUAUUGCAGUUAUUUAUUUGACAAAACUGUCAUUCUGAUUCGGUUUACCUUGAAAUGUGUUGCCAGAUUUCGGUCCUAAAGGGCUGUCCUACCAAGGCUCCAGAUCUUUAUAGACUUUGUUGUCUUAUAACAAUCAACUCACUAAAAGCCCUUGAGAAAAGUGCUUUUUAUAGACCUUUAUAUGAGAUCAGAUGACAGCAGCAUUUUGAUAAGUAUCUUUUUUUUAUGAUCCUGUUAUAGAAUUUGUCAUGGUGUCAAUUCACUACAUUAGCAAGGUACAAUUAGUAGUGCUGACCUUUAUUUUAAAUAGAAAAUCUGGCACAGAUAUGCCAUUUAAAAAACUUUUGCAGGUGUUGCAAAAAAGAAGGUGUUGAUUAUUGUCCCGCUGAAGCCACAUUGUAACUUGCUUUGUUAAUGCAUUCAAAAUGUAGCCAAUAAUAAAAAAAAUGAAAUUGGGGACAAAUACCAAGGAGUUGCACUGUAUAUGUGAUUGUUUAGAGACUAGAUUGUUACUUGUGAUAGAGGACUAGUGAAGGUGUCUGUUAUGUAAUUUUCUGGUAUUUUACUUGUUCUUUUUUAUCUUAUAAUAUUAAAUGAGUAGAAGAUUUUAACCCUUUGCUGUUCAUAACUUCUUAGUAUUACAUUUUUUAGCUUCUUUUUGUUAGGUAAUACAAUGCUUUCACUUUAGGACACAGUAUUAGUUGCUGAGAGACAAACAUGGCAGCUUUAAAUACAACAUUAAUUUAGAGCCUUUACGUAUGGAAUGUCGUGUAAAUAUGUUUCUAUUGAAGUACUGACUGCUGAUGUGUUUAUUUUAUUUUGCAUUUUAAGCGUACUGUCUGAUGAAGAGAUUUAUUGUGAAAUAUGGAGCAAAUGAGAUUCCACAUUUCAUAGUGAAACACUAAAAUAUGGUGUGAUUAUGGUAUGAAUUCAUAUUUACUGUAUGUAUGUGGAGUUGGAGUUUAUAUUCUGAAAUGUUGGACUGAAUGAGUCUUACUGUUUUAACUGAAGGAGUUUUGUACUUCCAAUCAAACCUCAACUGAAAUGCCUUUCCUUUCAUGGUAUUUACUCAAGGACAGCAUGAGCAUAUCGUUUUAACAUUUUGUCUGAACAUAAUUUUUUAGAUUGAAAGCAAACUUUUGUGUUUUGCUCAUAGGAGACCCUUUUCUUGAAAAUUGUAAUCAUCACUGUGAGCAUUGACACUUAGUAGCAUUCAAACAUUUACAAACAUACAUAAUUUAUGUAAUUGUGCUUUUUCUGUUUAUAUAUAUAUAUAUAAAUAUCACUGUUAUACAACCUGUUUUCAUUAUUUGUGUUGUUGCUGCAUAAAUAGCAAUUCUUUAUAAAUUGUAACCUUGUAAUUUGACAAUGCUUAUAUUUGAAUGUCUCAUGUUAAAUCCUCAUGACCUCUUGUGGUCUUGAACCAUUUCAAUUGAGAUUAUCUUGAAAAUUACAGGAUAUUUGACAUUCUAAUCAAUUAUCAGAAGAAAUGUGAUAUUCUUUUUUGUUUGUCUUUUUUAUGUCCCAGUGUUGUGCAAUGACUUGUACUGCUUAGACCAAACAUUUCAUUAGAUGUCUUUGGGUGCCGUUUUCUUUAUUUCACUUAUUUUAUUUAUUUAUUAAUUAAUUUAAUAAAUGAUUUCUGAAUGUUUCGGUUGGAAAAUAUAGUAAUGUGUGGAAUCAGACAAACCAUCUCUUUUGAUAAAAAUUGGAUUCUACAACUAGUAAAAAUGCAUAUAAAUGACUAUUAUAAGAGAAUAACAUCCUACAGCCAGAAAUUGAAAAUGCCAAGCCAUGAGACUGUUGUAAGAAGACCAAAGACAAGUCUAUGCAGAACUAAAAAUCUACCACAUUAUCACACAUUAGUUUUUUCUCCAUGUUUUGUAUUGUAUAUGGUACAUCAGUGCUGUUUUAAUUAUACACAAUUAAAAGAGAUGUUAACAGUCAUCCUGUUGAGACAUAAUUUGCAUUGUUUACAAUUAUUUCCCCAAUAAAAUCAUUUAUGCUUUA